GAAGAAGGAGCAGCCUCAUGUGGUUCGAAAGCACCCUGAGGCUAGAGACCCUCUUCAGCUUAGUGCCUCAUUCAGGCAGCCACAGGACCUUAGACCCAGGGUUGUAAUGAGGUCUUUAUUGGAGACUUUGUGGCAGGCGCUGGCGUUGGCUGAAUGCCGGUGGUGCGCUGCCGAUUCUCUGUGUGCACAACUGAUAGCUGCAGCAGGGGACUGGAUCUGAGCAGCAGAGCCUUCUCCGGAUGCCUCUGGCCCCCUGCUUGAGGCCCCGGGCAGGGUCAGCACCAUGGACAGCUUCUGUGGCUCGCCUCCCUUUCGUGUGCCUAAGAAGAAACUCGGGAGCAGUCUGCUUUGGGGAUGGGCCUCCACACUGCUGGCUGCUCUAAGGGGGCGAGGGGCACUGGGGGUGUCAGAGCAACCUUUAGGUCCCAGCCGGCUUCCGGAUCUCGGGAGUCCAGUGCUGUUUCCAGCGCUGGCCCCAGGGACACGAUCUCGUGUCCGGAGUGUGCCCCUCCGGGGGCACGCAACCUGCCGAACUCGGGGCUGAAGCUGUCAUUGCUUCCACGAUCGGUGCGAGCUCUUCGCUGACGUCAGUCGGAGCUGUCCUGGCGCUAUAUAAGGCUGGCGGCGGUCCCGGGACAGACCCCGCGUUUCCCCAGGCGCACUCGGCCCGCCCCAAGGGACAGAGGCUGGAGCUCCGUCUCGCGCCGGGCGGGCGCUCUCCGACAACCUGUGAGUGGCUCCGAGCGUCCACCAAGCUCCCUCAGCUCCAGGACUCCGCACUCAGUCCACCCACCGCGACCCUCCGGGAGGGAGGCACGGAGCUCGGGGAGGAGGGCGAGGGAAGGAAAGAGGUGGGCCGGGAAGCGGCUAGAGCUGGGGGCAGGCUGUGCGCACUGGGCGGCAGCCAGAGGGACCCGGCAGGGCGCUGGGUGUGCGCAGGGAGUUUGCCACCUGCGGCUGCCCCAGGCACACCUCACCCCGCGCUACCCCUGUGUGUUCAGGGCCGGCGGCACCAUGAGGCAGGCGGGACGCGCGGCGCUACUGGGGGCGCUGCUCCUUUUGGCACAGCUGCGCCCCGGGAGCAACCAGUGGAGCCCGGCGGAGGCGGCGGCGGCGGCCGGGGUCCAGGACCCGAGUCUCCGUUGGAGCCCCGGGACGCGGAACCACGGCGGCGGAGCCCGCGCUCUCCUCCUGCUGCUGGCUGAGCGGUUUCCGCGCCGCGCGGGAUCGGGCAGCUGGGGACCCAGCACGGCGAGCGAGCGGCCGCGGCGCGACGACCCUCCUCUGUCCAUUGACCUCACUUUCCACCUGCUGCGGACCCUGCUGGAGCUGGCGCGAACGCAGAGUCAGCGGGAGCGCGCCGAGCAGAACCGCGUCAUAUUCGACUCUGUGGGCAAGUGACCGUCGGGCCGGGGCCGGCAAAGCCCCUACCUCUUCCCCCUCCACGGGCUGGACCGUGCGCGACCGGAACUGACUCAGUCCCGCUGGGCAUCGUGCGUGGCCCAGUCACCCAGGGCACUCCC